GUGAAAUGUAAAGAGAAAUAACAAAACUCUGUAGCGCAAAGAGAGAGAGAGAGAGAGGAGUGAAUAUUUGGAAAUGGCAAGAAAUAAUGCAUAGAUGGCAGAGCCAGCGGGAUUCUAGAGAGAUCAAACAAUUUUUGUAGCGCAGAGCGUGGCAUUGCAAUGCUGGAGCUUCAAUCGAGUGGUUGUGAUUUCAAUCAAACCCGAUUUCUUUGAUCUUUCUUUUAUGGGGAGUGGAACUCUCGUGGACGGUGUUCGUCGCUGGUUUCAACGUCGCACUUCUUCUUCUUCUUCGUCUACUUCCAAUUCUAAUUUUGGCUCUAAUUCUGAUUCUUCUGAUCCUAAUCUCAAUUACCCAAAUCCCCAUAAGUUUGAUUAUGUGGAUAAUGGUGGUGUUAGUGGUGACCAAUUGUUGAGUAGCGAUUUACGCGCCCAAUCGUCCAUUGCCCACAAACGCAAACCUCUUAGGAAACAAACCCGACUCGGAGAAGGAGGGAUUCUUGAGCAAUUACCUGAGGAGGAGGACGACGAUCUUGAUUACUCUGCCUUGAAGCUCAUUAAAGUUCCUAAACGGAUCAAUCACUUACGAAAUCCUCCUCCUCCUCUUUCUGCUUUAAUGGACUCUCACAAGAAGGGCGGGUUGGAAACUGAAUUUUUCACAGAGUAUGGAGAGGCCAGCAGAUAUCAGGUUCAAGAAAUAAUUGGUAAAGGCAGCUAUGGGGUUGUUGGUUCCGCUGUUGAUACCCACACUGAUGAGAAGGUUGCAAUUAAGAAAAUUAACGAUGUUUUUGAGCACGUUUCUGAUGCCACAAGGAUUUUAAGAGAAAUUAAACUCCUACGGCUGCUCCGUCAUCCAGAUAUAGUAGAAAUAAAGCACAUUAUGCUUCCUCCUUCACGGAGAGAAUUUAGAGAUAUUUAUGUUGUUUUUGAGUUGAUGGAAUCUGAUCUCCACCAAGUAAUCAAGGCCAAUGAUGAUCUCACUCCUGAGCACCAUCAGUUUUUCUUGUAUCAGCUUCUUCGUGGUCUGAAAUAUAUUCAUACAGCAAAUGUAUUUCAUCGUGAUUUAAAGCCCAAAAAUAUUUUAGCUAAUGCUGACUGCAAACUGAAAAUAUGUGAUUUUGGACUUGCUCGUGUAUCAUUUAAUGAUGCACCAUCUGCUAUUUUCUGGACUGACUACGUUGCAACUCGAUGGUAUCGUGCUCCCGAACUUUGUGGCUCUUUUUUCUCAAAAUACACUCCAGCAAUUGAUAUUUGGAGCAUUGGAUGCAUUUUUGCGGAAAUGCUUACUGGAAAGCCACUGUUUCCUGGGAAAAAUGUGGUGCACCAACUGGAUCUGAUGACUGAUGUGCUUGGCACACCUUCUGCUGAGUCCAUUGCUAGGAUUCGGAAUGAAAAGGCAAGAAGAUACCUUAGUAACAUGAGGAGAAAGCAGCCUGUUCCUCUCACACAAAAGUUUCCCAAUGCUGAUCCCUUGGCUCUCCGAUUGCUUCAACGCUUGCUUGCAUUUGAUCCCAAAGACCGUCCCACUGCCGAAGAGGCAUUAGCUGAUCCGUAUUUUCAAGGUUUGGCUAAUGUGGAUCGAGAACCAUCAACACAACCAAUUUCAAAACUUGAAUUUGAAUUUGAGAGAAGAAAGUUAACAAAAGAUGAUGUUAGAGAAUUAAUUUAUCGAGAGAUAUUGGAGUAUCAUCCUCAGAUGCUACAAGAAUAUCUCCGCAGUGGAGAACAAACUAGCUUCAUGUACCCAAGUGGUGUUGAUCGCUUCAAACGCCAGUUUGCUCAUCUAGAGGAACAUUAUGGUAAGGGUGAAAGAAGUACUCCACUUCAAAGACAGCAUGCUUCAUUGCCCAGGGAAAGGAUUCCUGCACCAAAAGAUGAAGCUGGACAACGCAAUGAUUUAGAAGGAAGAAAUGUUGCUACAUCUCUUCAGAGUCCUCCAAAGUCGCAAGGGGAUGGUUCCGAAAACGCAAACGGUAACGAACAAAAUGGACAAAACAAGCCAAAUUACAGUGCUCGUAGCUUGUUGAAGAGUGCCAGCAUUAGUGCCUCUAAAUGUAUAGGUGUUAAACCAAGAAAAGACCUAGAGGAGGAACCGAUUUCAGAGACAACUGACGAGGCAGUUGACGGAUUGUCUCAUAAGGUGUCAGCCUUGCAUACCUGAUAAUUCACACUACCUUGUAAGAUCCACUGAGAGAGUGACACAAAGCAACGACACUGCUCGUUUUGCAUAUAUUUUUUUCCUAAAGGACGUGUUGGCUACAAGGCGAAGUGUAGCAAAGUUUCUAAAAGUCAGGUAGAUGAUGCUAACAGUAGGUUUCCUCCCAUUAUUUCAUGCUUAACUUAUUGUACAAUUUUUGUAAUACCAUCAAGAAAAGAAAAACAUGGUUCCAUGUAAUUUUGAUUUAUUUGUAUUUUGAAGGGCCCUUUCAGGUUGUUACCUCGUGUAGAAUGAAUACCACGUUGGAAGAACAACAAAUAGGCAUUGGAUUUAUACUUCACAAAUCCUUGUUUGGCUUUAUACCUCUUAUUUCACAGGCUUGUAACUCAUCAAUGAUGAAAAUGAACAUUGUACUUGAUUGAGAUAAAUUUUCUAGUUACCUUGAAA